UUUCAGACACAGAGCACUUGACCCAACUUCUGCAAUAGCCAGAUCUCUGCUGCUAUGCUUAGAAGAGGGAUUUAACCCUUGCAAAAGAAAGGAGCGAUCGUUAGUCCAGGAAGCGCUGGUUGUUCUGCUUUGGGUUUUCCCAAGCAAUUCCAAAGCGUUGCCAAUGGAUGAACUGGUGCAUGACUUGGCCUCGGCCUUAGAGCAGACUUCAGAAAAAAACAAGCUGGGUGAGCUAUGGGAAGAGAUGGCUCUAAGCCCACGGCAGCAGCGGCGUCAGCUUCGCAAGAGACGGGGUCGCAAGCGACGCUCGGAGUUCACGCAUCAGGCAGAGCAUGCCUGCUGCUACAGUGAGGCCUCGGAGUCAAGCUUGGACGAAGCUGUCAAGGAUUGCCGUGAGGUGCUGACAGCCAAUUUCAGUGACUCUGAUGACAUGGCAGUGGUCAAACGACACCCAGCUCUCAGUGCUACCCUGAGGAGCAAGCAGCACUUGUGGCAUGAGUCAGACUCCUUUACAGAGAACGCACCCUGUCGACCUCUCAGGCGCCGACGGAAAGUCAAACGUGUGACAUCAGAGGUGGCUGCCAGCCUGCAGCAAAAGCUCAGGGUGUCAGAGUGGAACUAUGAGAGGGGCUGCAGGUUCAAGUCAGCCAAAAAACAGCGGCUUUCACGCUGGAAAGAAAAUGCCCCUUGGACAUCAUCCAGUCAUGGCCUUUGUGAAUCAGGAGAGAACAGGCCCUUCCUCAGCACAGGGGGAAGGAAAGAGCGGAUGGAGUGCGAAGCUGAUGAGCAGAAACAGGGCUCAGAUGAAAACAUGUCGGAAUGUGAAACCAGCAGUGUAUGCAGCAGCAGUGAUACUGGCCUCUUUACCAAUGAUGAGGGCCGCCAAGGAGAUGAUGAGCAAAGUGAUUGGUUUUACGAAGGAGAAUGUGUUCCAGGAUUCACUGUCCCCAACCUUCUUCCCAAGUGGGGUGUUGACCACCGAUCUGAAGUGGAGCGGAUUGACUCAGGUCUGGACAAGCUCUCAGAUUCCACCUUCCUUUUGCCCUCACGGCCAGCUCAGAAAGGAUUUCAUGCUCGCCUGAAUCGCCUUCCAGGAGCUGCUGCCCGUUGUCUCCGUAAAGGUCGGAGGAGGCUUGUUGGCAAGGAGACCUCCAUGAGCACUCUGGGCACCGAGAGACUAGGUCAUAUUGCUAGUGAUCCACGCCAGAAAGAAAAGAACAAAGCGCUGGCUUCCGAUUUCCCACACACUGUGGCCAGUGCACAUGAGUUCAAUCCAUUAUCUCCUCUGUACUCUCUGGAUGUGCUUACUGAUGCUUCCCACCGAAGAUGCUCACCAGCACACUGCACUGCCAGGCAAGCAAAUGUACACCUGGGACCACCAUGUUCAAGGGACAUCAAGAGGAAGCGAAAGCCAGCUGCAGCCUCCAUGUCCAGCCCAACAUCAGCAACUUUAUCUAUCCACAUGGAUGCAGCAGAGUCAGAGCUACCAGCACCACCAUCCAUGAGAUCCCAGAACUCUGAGUGGACAGGAAAAACACCAGCAGCCGAGAAAGCCACUAUUCCUGCCUCCAGUAACCUUUUUAAAAUGCCACCAGAGAAGAGCCCUGGAUACAGCUAAAAAGAAUCAUUGCAACUGUAGAAGAUUGCUGGAUUGUGGAAGUGUAUGACUCUGGCAUGUGUCCUCACCAGACGUCUUGUUUGGCAGUAGUGAUAUCUGCAGUAGUGGUGCGUGAUGCGUGCCAUCAUCCAGACCCAUCUGCGUGCCCCGCAUACCUAAAUCAUGUCUGUGAAUCUAUGUUUUAAAAAAGGUGAUCAGUGUUGGCACCGCAGUGGCUUUUAAAAAUGUUCUUUCUCUUGCUGUAUUUAUUAUGUAUUCAUCUCCUUCCCUGAUGCCAGCUCAUAUGUGCUGGGUCAUGUACAGGUUCUUUUGGGUUUUCAGAUCUUUAUUCAUCCCCUGGAAACGUUGUUUGUUUGUGCAUUUGACUUUUUUUGGGUGAAAGUCCCACUACCACUCAGGGAGGCAGAAGUCUCCCCCUGCUCUCUUCCAGACCAGGAGGAUUUCUUGGUGGAGGAAUGAGGAGGGAAUGCAAACAAGUCAAAAUGUGGAGACUGAAUUCUGUAUCAGCAGAAUAUUUUCAGGCCAUGUGCUCAUGGACUCGAAUCAUGUUGCUUCUAGCAAAGCAAAUAUGGUGCUUGUCCAUUCAGAAAUUGCCAUUGGCUCACUGGCAGCAUGGUCCAUCAGACCUUUUCCUUCUUCCUUGUUAUCAAUGUCUUUAAUCUUGCUUGUGUAUUGCAUGUUCUUUCCUAAAUCCCCUGUUGGAUAAGGUUUUGGGAGAACUACUUUGACAGAUAUGUGCAAGCUCUCCUGUAAAGGAACCUGGGCCCUUGAAUAUCCUUGGAGUAUGGUAGAGGCUAUACAAAACUUCAAAUUUUUUGGUGUAUAAAUUAAAAAAUGACUUGGAAUUCUAAAGGAUGCUUGCCAUUGAAGUUGACAAAAUAAUAAUAAUCGGCUGAGUUCAGAGUAUUCUGGUUAUUGAUCAGACCACUUCUGUCUCAUGUUUUCCCUCUCUUCAAAAAGUAUUAUCUGCUUUAUCUACUAGAGGUGUCUCCACCUACUGAUGAUUGUACUUUGCUCCACAGCACACACAAAAGAGAUUCUUCUCAUGGCACUUCCAUUUGGUCCCCUAUUACCUUCUCUGUUGCAGAAUAUAUGGAGUGUGUUUUGUCCCCUCUCUUUUCUUGAAUCAUUGUUCACACUUGACUUACUUUUCUUUAAUUACUCUGCCUGAAACUUAUUUUGGGUUAUUUUUUUAGAAUAUAUUACCUUCAUAGCAUGUGUCAAGGAACAGUUGGCCUCCUGGCUGCUUAAGUCCUUCAAAAACAGAGUCUGUUUAUAUGCAUAGAACUCCUUUUGCUUUCCUCACUGGGUGGAGCUUUCAGACAGUACCACGUAAGCUUGUAAAAUUCAUUUUGAAUGUGAAGGUGCAGCUACCACUCUUAAGUAGGUAACAACAUUUGCAUGGGUUUAGUGGCUUUGCAGUGUUCUCCUUAUAAAUCAAAUAGCUGAGGGAACGGAUUUGAUUGUGAAGAUAUAAAGUGAUGAUUUAUACUUGACUCUGUAUUAAAAUGUUAAAUGGUCAUAACAUGCACAAAACAAAAAUUGAAUGACUCACUAAAUCAGGAUAGACAAAUACAGUUAUAUUACAGACACACCAUCCAUGUCUGAUCCCCUAAUACGUACUUAUUCGUGGGGAGAGAUCCAAAUUGGAUUUAUAUUUUGCAGCUCAAGCAAACUGUCAGAUCUGACCAUGUAAAUCCCACUCAAAACUUUUUAUUUAUUUAUUUAUUGGUGCUGGUAGAUUUUAGAACUAAUUAGAACAGGGGAAGCCUUUUUGCCUUGCUGCAGGAGUACAGAGGUCACUUUGGAUUACAGGACAAGCUUUAAGGGUUUUGUGGAGAGAGGAGCGUUCCUGUUUUAAAAGUCAUUGGAUUGUCUUUAUUUUGUACUUAUUUUGAGAAAUGGUACUUAAGAGGUAGCACAGGAAGUCUCAGCACUGGAGAGCCUGUAAUCUAGAACAUACAAAGAAAAGGUAAACCUAGAGCAGUGAAGAGUAGUAGAUACUGUAGUACUCAUGAACACAGUGAAGGGGAAAGGUGGUCACAUACUCAUGGCAAACCUGCACAUAAAUUUUAGGAUUGGAAGCCUUGUAACUUAACUUGCAGGCUGUCUUGGUGACAGGGUGUGGCUCCCUAAAAGAGCAUUUAUGCAAAUGAGUGUUUUUAAUCUCAUGAAGGAUCCUCCACAACCUCUCUUGGUUUGGGCCUGUUAAAUAGGCUCAGAUUACUGAUCACGCAGCAGAAAUGUUAAACGGUGGCUGUAGUAGUUUUCUUUUUAAAACCAAUUCUGAAAUAUGUUGCCGCAUUCCAAAUAUUGUUCAAAGUAGUUCUGUUUUUUCUGUGGUGUCAGGACAGUUUCAAAACUUUUUUAUAAGAGAGAUGUUUGAGGUGUUAGGGAAUCAACAGCCUUCAUCUUGCUCAUUGCAGCAAGGGCUAGGGGGAAGGUUGCCAGAUUUCGUAUGUUUUUUCUCUGGGGGCAUGGAAAGAUAAUUUACCAGAUUUUCCUAUUGAGGUCAGUAGCACUGUUCAUCUCGUUAAGCUCUUAAGUUGUAAGCUCCUAGGAGGUCUUCCUUGCCUUUAAAGGUUGAAUGUAUGUGUGGCAGUACUGAAGAGUAACUAGCAGGCCUUGGUAAGCCAUACUUCUUGCCCUAGCAACAAGUGCCAGGAUACUCAAGUUCUUGCGGAUGCCCUGUUUUUCCUAUUUCUGGGUUAGAAUCCUCUUGCAGGUCAGUCAGACUCUCAACCAAAUUUGAUUCUCCUGUGUGGUAGACAAGCUAAAUUAAUUUAUCUGUCUUUGUUAAUCGACAGACUUCAGUAGAUUGAUUCAGAUGUGAAUAUUUACAUCAUCCAUACAUGAACUAACUAGGUGCAUUGCUUUGUUUCUUUUCUUCCAAGGCAGAUUCCUUAGAACUCACACUGCACUCAUACAGUAUUUGCAGUGAAGGACACAGUGCUUCAGAUGUGGUUUGUCUGAGUAGAAAGGAAAUCAAGGAAGCCUUGAUUUGGGAACUGUGCUUCUAGGAUGUGAUUAUUGCUUCAGUUAUACAGCUCACUUGUAUUGCACUUCUUGACCACCAGGACUCCCUAGUCUUUUUCCAGGUUUGUCUUCUCUCCGGUUGUCUUCUCUGCUUGUCCUUAUGGGAGACUUCAACUUCCCAGGCAUCAACUGCUAAUGCCAGGCUGCUUUGAUAAGCAAGGCAUGUUCCUGAAGUAUGUUCAAAAUAAUUUAUUGUCACAAGUACUCACUGAGCCAACUAGGAAAGAUGCCCUGGUAGAAUUGUUAUUUAUGAAUAGAGAAGGACUUGUGGAGGUGUGAUGCUAGGUGGCUAUUUUGGCCACAGUGAUCAUUAAAUGGUUGAAUUUAAAAUUUUUCAUGUAAUGAGAAGAAUGGUCAGCAGAGUUGAUACCCUGGGCUUCAAGAAAGCUAACUUCAAGUUACUCAGCAAGCCAGUUAGCAGCAUCCCCUUAAAUCUGCUUCUGAGGGCUUAGGGAUCCACGAAUGCUGGUCAGUUUUUAAGGACCACCUUUUGGAAGGAGAAGAGCAGGCAGUCCCAUUGUGCUGAAAAUCAAGCGAGCAGCACAGAGAACCAGAUUUGCUAAACAGGGAAUUCCUCUUGGAACUCAAGAGGAAAAAGUAAUUGUAUGAUCUCUGGAAGCAAGAUUAGGCUUCACAAGAAGAUUACAGAGCUGUAGUUUGCAUAUGCAGGAGAAAUCACAAAAAGCCAAAGCUUAAUAAGAGUUGAAACUGCCCAGUAUUGUGUCAAGCAAGAAGAAAGGCUUUUUGAAGUACAUUAAUAACAAGAGGAGGUCUAAGGCAAAUAUUGAAGUGAUACUUGUUGAAGAUGGUCAUCUGAUAAAUUGGGAUGAAGAAAAAGUGAAGACAUUCAAUGCUUUAUUUUUCCAUACUCUGUAACAAUACUGAUUGAAUUGAGACUGCUCAGUCCUUUGAGUUGGAGGACUAUGACUGUGGGAACAGUGACUUUCCAUUUCAGGACACUGAAAUAGUAAGGGACCAGUUGUAUCAGUUGAAUGCUCAUACAUCAUGAUGCCAGAUGGGAUUCAUCCCAGACUGCUGAAGAUGCUAGUGGAUGUUACAGUAGGCCCCCUCCCAAUCAUCUGCCAAAGGUCUUGAGAUUCUGGGAAGGUCCCUGCUGAUUGGAAGCUAGCUGGUGUUACUCCAGUUUACAAGAAGGGCAUGAGGGAAGACCCAAAAACCUACAGACCUGUUAGUCUAACCUCAGUACCUGGAAAAGUUACAGACAAGAUGCUGCUGGGUGCUAUUUAAAGGACAAUUCAAUCGUCUGGCACAGUCAACAUGGGUUCACAAAGGGAAAACCUUGUCUAACCAAUUUGAUACCUUUCUACAACAAUGUCACCCACUUAGUGGAUGAAAGGAAGGCUGUGGAUUUAGUGCUUUUUGAUUUCAAUAAGGCAUUUGAGACUGUCUCUCACAGCAUCCUUCUGGACAAGUUGUCCAACUGUGAGAUGAACAAAUACAUGUCCACUGAGGUAAGAACUGGCUGAGCAGCAGGGCUUAAAGGGUUGUAGUGAGUGGGGGUACAUCUGGCUGGUGACCAGUCAUCAGCAGUGUUCCUCAAGGCUCAGUUCUAAGGACAGUUCAGUUCAAUGUAUUUGUUAAUGAUCUGGUUGCAGGAGUUGAAUGCACCAUCAGCAGGUUUGCUGAUGAUACCAAACUGGGAGGUGCUGUUGACCCUCUCAGGGACAAAGAUCCCUUGCAGAGGGAUUGGGCAAUAAUCACUGGCAUGAAAUUUAGCACGAACAAAUGCUGGAUUCUGCACCUGGAACAGAGUAUCACUGGACACAUAUAAACUGAGAGAGGAGUGGCCAGAGAACAGUCCUGAAGAAAGGGAUCUGGGGAUGCUGGUUAGCAGCAGGCUCAGCAUGAGUCAGCCAUGUGCCUUGGCAGCCAAGAGGGCAAACCACAUCUUGGGGUGCAUCAAACACACAUAGCCAGCUGGUCAAAAGAGGUGAUUAUCCCACUGUGUUUAGUAUCGGUGCAGUCUCACCUUGAGCAUUUUGUGCAAUUCUGGGCCCCAAAAUUUAAAAAUGAUAUGAGGGUACUUGAAAGCUUCCAGGGGAGAGCAACAGAUCUGGAAGGUGUGUCCUAUGAUGAGCGGCUGAGGACUCCAGAUUUCUCUAGGAGAAAAGGAGGCUGAGAGGUGACCUUAUUGCUCUCUGCUUUCCCUCCUUGGGAGGUUGUAGAGAAGGAGGUGCUGAUCUCUUCUCCCUGGUGUCCAGUGAUAGGACACAGGAAUGGUGUAAAGCCAUGUGAAGGGAGGUUCAGACUUCACAUUAGGAAACACUUCUAUAUAGAGUGGAUGGUCAAGCACUGGAGCAGGCUGCCUGGGGAGGUGGUUAAUGCCCCAAACCUGUCUGUUUAAGAAGCAUUUUGACAAUGCCCUUUAUAAUGCCCUUAAUAAUAUACUUUAACUUUUGGUCUUUUAACAGUUGGAUUAGAUCACCAUUGUAAGUUCUGUCCAACUGAAAUUAUUCUAUUCUGUUCUAUGCUAUUCAUGAGGUUUCUGUCAAUUCAUUUCUCCAAGCUGUAUAGACUCCUCUGGGUGGUACCCCCACCCUCCAGCAUAUCAGUGGCUUGUGUCCCCAGCAUGCCAUUAUUUCUGAUCUUGCUGAGAGUAUGCUCUGUCACUUUCCACCAGAUCACUAAUGAUUGCUGAACAGUAUUGAUCUCAGUAUUGUCUUCUGAGACAUGCUGUUCAUAGCUGGCCAUCACACAGAUUUCAAACCAUUGAUGAUUACUCUUCGAGCCUGACAAUUCAGCCAGUUUCUCACUGACCUUUCUUACUGGAAAGCACCCAGUCCAUCCAUAGCUGCCCCAUUUGGCUAUGGGCAUGCUAUGAGAGAUUGCAUCAGGAGUAGUCAACGUAGACAGCAUCCACUGCUCUGUAUACAUCCACAGAGCCUGUCAUGUUAUCAUAGAAGACAGUCAAGUUCAUAGGCAUGAUUUUCCCUCAUUUAAUCUGGCUGGCUGUUCCUAGUCACCUUCUUGUCCUUUUUCUGGAGAUGGCUUCCAGAACUUGCUUUAUAAAGCUACAAGGGACUGCGGUAGGGCUGACUAGCCUGUCAUUUCCUAUAUCCUCUUUCAUGCCUUUUUAGAAAGGUGACAUGAUACGUACCCCUUCCUAUCACUGGUAACUUCAUGCACUUGCCACAGUUUUUCAGGGUUGACAGAGACCAGUCUUGUAAGGACAUACCUUUGCAAAUAGGGCUUUGUUGAUGUACAGGGAGAAGAUGGACAUUCAGUGAAAGAGAAAUAGAGAGCUGGGAGGAGCAGCUCUAGCAGUUGCUCUUUGCACAUUUUCAUUAGUUCCAGUGAGGUCUAGUGAGUCUUAAUACCCAGUUUGGUAGAUACUGGAGCAGUGCAAAUUAGAAGAAUGAAGUUUCUAGCUUUAUAGAUUUAUGAUUUUAAGGUAAGGUACAGUAAAGAGUGAAGAAGGCAACAAAACAGUAGCUGAAGAGAAACUUGAAAGAGGCUGGGACUAGUGCUACUGAAUGAUAGAUUGUUGUCAUGAUGGUGAUAUGCAGAGGUGUGUCUUGCCAGCAUUCCUGAAUAAUGGCAUUGAGGCAGUUAGUGCUCUCCUUUGAAGUGUAGAAGCUCAUGCUGUUACUUUGUGGAUGUUGCAGAGACCUGCUCCAGUGAGCAGAGGAUGAGAAGGGAAAUUGAAGGAGGGGCUAGAAGAAGAGUGAUGGAGUGACAUUUUUAUUGUAACCCCUUCUGCACUGAAUCAUAGAAUCAUAGUAUGGUUUCAGUUGGAAGGGACAUUAAAGAUCAUCUAGUUCCAACCCCCCUGCAUGGGAGGGACACCUCCCACAAGAUCAGGUUGCACAGAACCCCAUCCAGUCUUCUCUCAAACACUUCCAGGGAUGGGGCUUCCACAGCUUUACUGGACAACCUGUUCCAGUGUCUCACCACCCCUCACACUAAAGAAUUUCCUCCUAAUGUCUAAUCUAAAUCUCCCCUCUACCAGCUUUAAUCCAUUACCCCUUGUCCUUUCACUACAAGCCCUUAAAAUAAGGCUUUCCUAGAGCUCUCCUGUAGGCCCUCCUUCAGGUACUGGAAGGCCACUAUGAGGUCCCCCUGGUGCCUUCUCCAGGCUGAACAACCCAAUUCUCCCAGCCUGUCUUUGUAGGAGAGGUGCUCCAGCCCUCGGAUCAUCUUUGUGGCCCUCCUCUGGACUUUCUGCAGGAGCUCCAUGUUCUUCUUAUGUUGGGGGCUCCAGAACUGGACUCCUGGGGAACACCACUUGUCACAUCUGGACACUGAGCCGUUGAUCAUCACCCUGUGAGUGCGACCAUCCAGCCAGUUCUUACCCAAAAAGUGGUCCAUCCAUCGAAUCUAUACCCUUCCAGUUUUGAUACCAAGAUGUCAUGUGGGACAGUGUCAGAAGAUUUGCACAGGUCUGGGUUGGUGAUAUUGGACAUAAGAUGCUACAAAAAACAAUGCAUGAGCCUGGAUGUCAGCAAGGAGUUAUGUAAAGUGGAUAAGAAUUUUGUUUUGUUGUCUUGAUGAACAGUUUUGUAACCAGAGAACAUUUCAGGGAAGCAAAAAUGAAGCCAUCUACCAGUCAUUUGAUAUUAAAAAAAUACUUUUAUAGUCUGCUAGGAGACUAUCAAAGGAGGACAAACUUCUGUUAUUGUGAUACUGCAUUACUGUGUCUUUGUCCCCUGCAUUCAGCCAUUCCAAUCCAUGUUUUGUGGCUGACACAUUCUGCCUUUGCACCAUGAAAUAUGGGAAAAAUACAGCAAUGGUUCUUAAGGCUUGAAGCAUAAGGGGCCACUUGCUAUGCUGAAGGCAAGACUGGACUGUCUUAGGCUAUUCACUUUUACCCAGUACUCAGCAGAGAGAACAUGUCUUAAUUAUACCAAAGCAUCUCAUUCUUGAGAAGCAAACUGUGCCAAGUGCAGGGAGACUGAACUGUCAUCAGUGCCUGGAGACAAGUGCAUGGCUUGCCCUCAGUCAGGUGACAUAGGGACUUAUGUUGUGGAGACAGCAGGAACCUUCAACAUCCUUCCCAACUUUAAUGUGGGUGAAAUACCUUCCAAAUUGCAAACCUGCUUUUUAGUGUGACUCCAGUGAGUUGACAAAGAUGUGUUACCUUGCAUACCAGGAAAAGAGAAUUCUUGUGCCAACUCAAAGAAUUGGUAAAAAUGGAAAAUGGGCUGGCACAGUCUGUUACAUCAGAGAAAGAUGCAAACCCUGUAUACCUGCAGACAAUAAUCAGAAAAAGUAUUGCUGAGCCCUGCGUGUAUGACCCAGAGUAUUCAUUGUCUUAAAGUGGAGCUGCCAGUAUUAUGAGGAUGAUCAGGGUUUUGCAAAGCUGCCCUCUUUUUGUAAUCUCUGAAGGAAAUGGGAUGAACAACAUAAGAAAGGCAGUUCUGGGUCAGACCAAAGGUCUGUCAGGCUCACUGUUCUUUCACCCACAGUGGCCUAGGGGUGCCUAGAGGGCACUGUAAGGACUAUGUAGUUAUAUAGCAAUGCUUUCCUUUUAUGUUCUCCUAGCUCAGUGUCCUGUCUCAAAAAUAUUUACAAACUCUUGAAGGCUGGAGAAAACUUUUUGGAAGCUUUUGGCUAUAGUAUUUAUCCUGCAACUGGAUUUAGUUACAUUUCUAGAAGAUAAUGAAAUCUGACUUUAAAAACAUAAAGUAAGGCUUCACUUAUCUGUCUUGAUAAUCAGUUUUCUUAUAAAUUACCCUCUCUAUAAGGAAAUUGCAUCUUCUCUUGGAAUAUUUUUUCCUACUGUUAAUAUCCUGACAUUGUUUCUUGCUAUGCUUUUUUUUCACCAAGGUUGAGAAGUCCUAUUCUUCCUUUACAGUUAGGCUUCUUUGUCAUGUAUAACUACGUAUGCUCAGUCAACAAGUCCUGUGUAGUCCAGUAACUCAUAGAAGUAAUUUUUCAUAAGCUUCAAUCUGUAAAACUUAUUUAACCUUUGCUUAUGCUCCUGCAUGAAAAUCCCCAGUAUUCCACAUCCAUCUGCAUUUAGUUCUAGAGUCUGCUUCUUUACAGAAGAAAGAACACUUGCUUCCCUAUUGCUGUUCAGUAUUCAUAUGCUCAUCUACCCAAGCAUCAUGCUAGCCCUUGCUGCCCAAACACUGAUGUAAUGCUACCAUUAAAAUGAUAUUCAGGCAGUUGACUCUGAAGCUAAAGUUCUCAUCACUGCUCCUCAGUGCACAAGAUCCUAGAAAAUGAGGAUUUUUUUAUUUUUUUUUUAAUUUCCAAAAUGCUGUGCAUUUCCUUUAGCAGUAUUACAGUGCAAUCUUGGACUGACAGUUUUUGCAAUUUGGAAUACUUAAGAGCUCAGUCUUGUUUAGUUUUAUAAGAAGUGGAUCAGAGAUGUGUAGCCUGUGUGGCAGAAAGUCCUUUAUGGAAAUGGAAAUACUAGGUAAUAAAGUGUCUCUUGUCUUGAGCAGAUGGGCAUAAAAAUGAAGUUGAAGCUAAUGCCAAAUGAAUUCAAGUUAGAAAUAAAGUGUGAGUUUUUAACAAUGAGGGCAGACUAACCAUUGGAACAAAGCACCGUGGAAAGCAGUAGCUUCUGUGUAUCUUAAGGCUUCAAUCUGAAGACAGUAGCUUUAUGGAAGGAAAUUUGUAGCCAAAUGUAAGCCAUUGAAAUAAAUACAGAGGCAUCUAAAAGACAUUGAUUUGUCAAUUUUAUAGUGUGUGUCAGUUUACAUUAAAUUAUAGUUACUUCUGGUGUAGAACCUCAGAGAAGACAGAAGAUUUAUACAGUAUAGAGAUCUGUUGAAAAAAGGGAAGUGUUUUGGCAAACAGGGAAAAGUCAUGGUGAUGGAAGUUUUAUGGUGUUGCCAAAAGAUUGUAUGAACUUUGCAUGGGAAAAGGAGCUGUGAAAAAUUUUAUCUGUGCCAAGUGAAAUGAAGCAUCAUUUCUGCCUACCGGUUUAUUUGUGAGUGAUAUAAUGACAAGUGAGUGUGCAGUUUUCAGAACCUACCUGAUCACUCAGUUGAAGAGCAUCCUUGAUGAGGAUUCCUCCUUUCUUGCAAUACUGGCAGGUAGAGUUCUGCUGUCUUGGGGUAGUAUUCCCUAUGUACAUGGUUAGCUUCAGCAGCUCUGUCUCAUUUCAUUCACUCAGGUGUGUGAACUGCCUGCACGUUGCACUGAAAUGAGAAACAAGUGAGGCAGAGCAUUGCUGGGCUUAUUACCUAACCUGGCAGGCAGCUAAAUACCACACAACCCCUCACUCAUUCCCCUCCUGCCCCCCAGGGAAUGGGGAAAAAAUUGGAAAAGUAAGGAGACUUGUAAGUUCAGAUAAAAACAAUUUAGUAAUUUAAAUUUAAAAAAAAGUUAAAAUACAGUAUACAAACAAGAGAUGUGCAAUGCAGCUGCUCAGCACCUGCUGAGCAAUGCACAGCCAUUCCUAAUUUCCUAAGAGAAAUCCCAAGACUACAAUCCUGAAAGACAGAGAAAACUUCUUUGCAAGCUCUUCUGUAUAAAUUGUUGAAUGAUAUGGAAUAUCUCAUUGGCAAAUUUGGAUCCAUUGCUCUGGUUAUACUCCCUCCCAGCUUCUUAUGCACGUGCACACUAGUAAAAUAUGGGAAGCUGAAAAGUUCUUGAUUUCUUAGUAGCAAAUAAAAACAUCAGUAUGUUAUCUCACUCUCCUCAUACCAAAUCCCAUACUGCAUUCCAAACAAAAUGCUCUUGUAGCUACUAAGAAGAAAAUUAGCUCUAUCCCAGCUAAAACCAGGGCAGUAUGCAAUAUUUUUCUUAAUCACUUUAGAUGUUGCUUGUGCUUUUCUUUCUUACGGCAUAUAAGGAAGACACCUCCUUGUAGGAGCGCUGUUUUGGUAGCCUGUAGACUUCAUGAUCAGACUGAAGGACCAGAUGGUAGGUUUCUCCAAGUGGAAGAGCUCUUCUGCACUCAUCUGAGAGGAGAUGGUGUGACUUGAGAAGCAAUUUUCUGGUAGUGUGUUCUCUAACAUUAGGGAGCAGUAGCAUAUUCAGCUUUUUCAGCAUUAAAAUACAUUAUGCUGUAGUGUUUCAAAAUGAGCGGAAAUUUCCACUGAUGGAAUAAUGCCACAUAUGAAUUGUUGCUUCAGAUCUCAAGUGCUGGACAUAGUGUUAAUGUCCCAUGCUAGCAUUUGGUUUUGUUGCACAGGUUGGUGUGAGACCUUGUUUCUGGAAGCUCUCCUAAUGGUGCCAUGAACUGAGACUGGUCUGGCCUGACCAGAGCCCCUGGGCACUGCUGAAGCCAUUGAAUUUUCUCUGCAGUUUAGCAACACCAGACAGUUAGUCAAAGCUGCUGUCAGUUGCAUUCUAGCUUCCUCCUGUCCCAAAGGGCUUACCUAAAGACAGAUCACAAACAUGUCUGCUAAAAAACAUGUCCCAAAUGUUAUAUGUGGUCAUAAGGCUUAACUGUUUGACAGGGAUUUGAUUCUGGGUUCCCAAAACUCUGUUUUGGGAGUAACAUGUAAAUAAGAUUAUUGCUUGUAUUUUUCUGUCUUAAACAUGAUGUGUAUUCUCUGAAUGAGGCCCUUGCAGAAUCUUUCUGAUUAUAGAAACUGGAAAUAAAUCAAUAUAUUAAAGAAGUGUUUUAUCUGAUAUAAACCAAACUGAGUUGAGAGUGGGAGAAAAGAGGCUUCAUUGACAUCUAACUAGAUUUACAGUAUUGUAAUAUCCAUAAUCUGCAUGCUUCCUUGAAUGUUUCCUAGACUGUAAUCUGAAGCUUUUCUUUCUUUGAAUUGCAAAGCUGAGUGAAGGAUUUUGAGAUAAUUUAUUAUGUCCAUUCUUUUUUCUUUGCAAUGAUUUUGUUUGUUUCCCAGUUUGUCAUGACAUUUUCUCGAAGACAAGUGGGAUGCUACCUGUUCAGAACUUGAAACAAUUCCAGAGUGUCUUAAGUAGUCUUUCACAUCCAAGUCACUGCUUCAGAUCUGCCCAGUCCCAAAAGGGACUUAAUUUAAAUGAGCUGGUCAGUCUCAAUUGAUAGUUUAAUGGAUAUCUAUUCAUUUUGCCAACACUAACAUCCUUUUAAGAUAGAUCUGUGUAAUUCUUUUUACCAUGAUAGCAGCGGUUUCAAAGAUGAAACUAGCAGUGAACUUUAAAUUUUCUUUUGCAUAUAUUUUUGUCCCAAUAUUGAUAGCUAUGGACAUUUGUGGAAGGAACAAAACAGGACUCUGUCCAUGUUAACUAUUCCAAGGAAUAAAUUGUAAAAAAUGAGAUCCCAAAUUGAUUUAAUACUUUUAAACAAACAAACAAACAAACAAAAGAUUCUUUGCAAGUGGUUUUAAUUCUCAACACUAUAUUAGGGGAUGGGGUGUCUAAUUUUUAAAAGUGUUUAGUUUUCUCUCAUGUGCAAGCUGUACCUGUGAGAGUUGGGAAGUGUUCCUGGUGAAAUGUGCUGAGUUUUAUUGUGAAGAAGGAGGAAAGAGCUCUUAACAAUAGAUUCUCUUAUGGGAAGCACCCAGAUUUGGCAAAUGUGAUCAACUAUGGCUAAGAGUCAAAAAAGUCAGAUAUUUAGAAAUCAUUAUGAGCUGGUUCAGUCUGCCACCUACUUUCAUUUUUAUUUUUUUUUCUGAGGAAUUAUUUGAUCCAUUUGAUUAUUGGAGGUAUUUCUAUAAAAAAACAAACAAACAACCCAAAACCAGAAAUAACCCAAACACCAACAACCCCCAAAACAAAAAAAAGCCCAGGUUGGUUCUUGUUCACACAUCCUUAAUUUUACACCCAAGCACAGAGAAUGUUUUCAGUUUAGUUUAAAUAGCUGGUGUUAAAUUCAGUAACAGGGCUGACUGUUGUGGCUUUUCACUAUUUUUAUGUUUUUCAGACCAUGCUUGCUUCAUACUUUUCCAGCUCAUAGAACUAACUGAAACUACAAAUGAAUACAAGUAGACUUGCUAUGUACUAACUCCCAUCUAAAUAAAGGAUAUCUCAAAUCUGGAGGUACAAGAUUUGUUCUCUGCUGAAGUAAAGCAAUUUUCCACUAUGAGCAGAUACUUGAUAAUAGUUUUUAAAUGAAACAUAGUAUAGAGUUUCAAAAUGCUGAAUGAGGUUAAUUUCUAAUGAAGAAGUAUACAGGGAGAGGAGAACAAGAGCAGGUUUUAGGAGUUGCUGCCAUUAGGCAGAUAAACCACAUGGAUUUUGCAAAACACACUUUAAAAAUUGCAUGUAGUUGGAGAAAUCUUACUCUGAGAAGUAUCAUAGCUUCAUCUGCACAGAUUGCCUGAAGGGGCAGUGAUGGCAAGCCAGUGGUUCUGCUAGCACUGACACUGAUGUUUAUUUAGUCAUUUGGACACCAGCUUCCUGAAAGGUUCACCAGUAUUGCCUUAGGACUUUUCUUCAUCUUGCUUCACCACAUAAUUUGCAAGUGCUUGGACUCACCCAGCCCCCCACCAUGGGGAAACAUUCAUUCCCAUUUUGAGAAAGCUGGAGGUGAAGAUGCUUAAUGCCACGUGUUGUGUGGUGAGUGAAAGAAGUCCUGUGUUUUCUUUCCUGACGGUCCAGCGUCACCAUGAAACGAGCCUAUACAAACACAAGUAGCAAGAGAAGCUUUCAAGAGCCUUUUAUUAUCCCUUGCUGGUCCUUUCAGGUACUGUGGAGACAGCAAGGAGUGGGAAUGAGCAGGGCAGGGUCUGAUUCCCAGGAGAUGGAGGGAGAGGCCGUGAGGUGCAGCCCUGUACUCCAGCAGGGGCUACCACAGGGCUACCCUGGGGCAAGUGGCAUUUCCCAUCCUCCUGACCACAUUGAUAAGGUGCACGACUCUGAGCCACAGGCUUCCUGUGUUUGUAUUUAUGGAGACAUUUAAACAAGUACUUUCUUUAACCAGCCCUCUACACGUCCCCCCCCUCCCCCAAUAGAAAAGGAAAACAAACCAGACAAUCUGUUCUCCCCUGACAAAAAAGGCUACAAUUUAAGUGGCCUACGUUGCUGUUAUCAGUGCCCUUUCGCAUGCACAAUGCAGUGAAGCAGUUGCAUGAUUAGUUGUUGGGUUGUUGUUGACCCCUCCCGGCCUGC